AUAUCAUCAUAAUCUCACAAAAUGGCUAAAGGAGGAUUAUUAAAACAACAAUUAAAGAACCAACAAUUGGUUGAUGCUAUUGAUAAGGCCAGAUCCAAGCCUGUAAUUAAGCAAAAGGAAGAAAUUGUUGUAAAGGAAAAAGUUGAAGCUCCAAAACCUAUUCUUAAGCAAAAGAAGGAAAAGAAGGUUAAGAAGGAUGAAUAUCAAAGUGAUGUUUUAUCCAAGAAGGAGCAAAGAAGAUUAAAGAAGUUACAAGCUGAGCAGGAAAAAGAAGAGGAAGAAGAAGAAGAACAAGAAGAUGACGAAAAUGAAGAUGAAGAUGAAGAAGAAUUAGAUUUGGAAAGAUUGGCUGCAAGUGAUAGUGAAAGUGACAUCAACGGUGAAGAUGAUGACGAAGAAGAUGAUGAAGAUGAUGAAGAUCAAGAAGAGGAAGAUGACAACGAAGAAGUUGAAGAAGAAGAAGAAGAUGUUCCAUUAUCAGACGUUGAAAUCGAUGAAGAUGCUGAUGUUGUCCCUCACACAAAGUUAACCAUAAAUAACAUGGCUGCAUUAAGAGAAUCCUUAGCUCGUAUUGAAUUACCUUGGGACAAGCAUGCAUUUACUGAACAUCAAUCUGUUGUUAGUGCCGAAAAGUCUGAAGCAGGAAUCAAAGAUAUUUACGAUGAUACUGAAAGAGAAUUAGCAUUCUAUAAACAAGGAUUGGAUGCUGUUAAACAAGCAAGAGUUACUCUUUUGAAAUUGAAAGUGCCAUUUUCUAGACCUAUGGACUACUUUGCUGAAAUGGUAAAGAGUGACGAACAUAUGGAUAAAUUAAAGAGCAAAUUAUUGACUGAAGCCGCCAACAAGAAGGCAUCCGAAGAAGCAAAGAAGCAAAGACAUUUAAAGAAAUUCGGUAAGCAAGUUCAAAAUGCAACUUUACAAGAAAGAGCUAAACAAAAGAGAGAAACCUUGGAAAAAAUUAAGUCUAUAAAGAAGAAGAGAGGUGCUAACGAAUUAAGUAAUGAUGAUGAUUUCCAAAUUGCAUUAGAAGAAGCUACCAGUGGUGCUGGUGGUGAUAACAAGAGAAGAAAACCAAACUCUAAGCGAUUAGCCAAGGAUGCCAAAUAUGGAUUUGGAGGUAAAAAGAGAUUAAGUCGAGAAAACGAUGCAAGUUCGUCAGCUGAUAUUAGUGGAUUCAAUGCUAAGAAAAUGAAAGGUAAGUCUUCUAGACCGGGUAAAAGUAAACGUAGUAGAAGACAUUAAAUAACUUGGCGUUUAAUAGAUAUAAAUCAUUUGUAAAUCUCCUGU